UGGUCUUCUCACAGCAUAAGACAAAUUUAUUAAAAAUAGGAUAUAAUAUAGUUAUUUAAGGCAAUGUGGAUAUUAUGCCCCCUUAUUAUAAGGGAAUAGCUUUCCAGGGAAGAUAUAAUAUAUCUGCUGACCAUACUGGUUGUAGAUGGGAAAAAGGAGGAAAAGGACAACUUACUCUGAUGUCAGUCACCAGGAGUGGCACUUGUCUGGACUAUGUGCCUGACUCCCAUAAACAUCUCUGUAACCAGACAUAUCAAAUCAAUGCUACCUCCUAUUAUGUUCCCCCUGACAAUGGAUUGUGGGCCUGCUCUACUGGAUUAACCCCUUGUGUGCAUGGACAAGUCAUACAUCAGACUAAUGAUUAUUAUGCUCUAGUUUAUUUGAUGCUUCAAAUUAUUUAUCAUGGAUAUGAUUAUUAUUGGACCAAUGGGAAAAGAAACUGCAACGGGUCAAGAGGGAACCAAUCACAGCCAUCACCCUCAUAGUAUUGUUAGGGAUGAGACUGGUGGGGGCUGAGACAGGGGUUUCUGCUAUCACCACUCAACAUCACCAAUAUAACUGCCUGAGAAUAGCCAUUGAUCAGGACAUUGAGAAAAUAGUAAUGUCCAUAAUCAAACUCCAGGAAUCCCUAAGCUCCCUCACUGAAAUAACCUUACAACUUAAAAGAGGUAUGGAUUUACUAUUUCAACAGCAAGGUGGACUGUGUGCUGCUCUAGGAAAAGAAGGCUGUUAUUAUGUGGAUCAUUCAGGAGUAAUAAAAGAUUCUAUGGCCAAAGUUAGGGAAGGGCUAGGGAAGAGAAAAAAUAAGUAAAAAAUACAAGACCAAGGAUGGUAUGAGAGCUGGUUCACUUCUUCCCCUUGGCUGACCUCUUUACUUUCAGUCUAGCUGGUCCUGCGAUUAUAGGCUUAAUUUUACUCAUUAUAUGACCCUGUAUAAUUAAUAGAUUAAUUGCUUUUGUUCAAGAAAGAGUAAAUUCAGUGCAACUGAUGGUGCUGAGACAACAAUACCAAUCCCUCCAAUGGGACAAGGGAUUAGAUAUCAACACCUCUCAUCAACUCGAACUGCAAGAUUCCCUAGUCCCCUAAGAUAGUCCCCAGAAAUGCUGAUUAAAUUCACAAAUCUCUCCUCUCAGGAGUUGCAAGAGAAACCAGCAGAUGGUGGGGCACUCUUUCAGAGUACACACCCUGGGUGACCACUUCUGUAAAGCAAUAAGAAGAUCACAGCUCCACCCACAAGCCAGAGGCCUGCUCUGUUGCAUCUACCCUCAAAGCUAUCUCCAGUGCACUUUAAUUCACAGAUGUAGCUGGAUAUUUGCUUCCCUUUCUGAGAUGGAUGCAACAGUUACUGCAGAGGUGUGAAGAGCAGAUCUGAGAUCUUCCCCAUAAAGCUCAGAUGGUCAGAGGUGGUGGCUUUGGAAAUCUGGAUCUGGACAGUACUAAUGUCAUCAAGUGUAUUGAUCUGGUGAUGAGAUCAUAUUUUGCUGCCAUGAUUGGAAGGUGGUGGAAACAGGAGGUGGCUCCCGAUUGAAGGCAGUCACCAUGGGACCCAUGAGAGCUAUGCCUGGUCUCCACUCCUCCCUCAGAGGCUCCUCUCUUCACUUGCUUCCUGGCCAUCUGAAAUGAGCAGUUUUGCAUGACUGUUGUCUUUCACCAUGAAGUCUCUUCCCUGCUAUAGUCUUAUAGCUGUGAACGUAGCCAUUGUGGCCUCACACUUCAAAAAAGUGAACCAGAACAAACCAUUACUUCCUUCAGAAGCUUUCCUCCAGUGCAUGGUAACAGCAAAUAAAAGACCAAUAACCCACUGAGUUCGGUGAAACAAGUUGAAGACAAUGGCAGUAAUUAAUGAAAGUCACCCCCAGGAGUUCAUUCUACUGGGCUUUGCUGACCGACCUUGGCUGGAGCUCCCUCUCUUCAUUAUUCUUCUGAUAACGUACCCCAUAGCCAUGAUGGGAAACAUCGCCAUCAUCCUGGUGUGCAAGUUAGACCCGCACCUCCAAAGCCCCAUGUACUUCUUCCUCACCAACCUCUCCUUUCUGGACAUGUGUUACACCACAAGCAUUGUCCCUCAGAUGCUCUUUAACCUGGGGAACUCCAAGAAGACCAUCAGCUAUGUGGGGUGUGCAGUUCAGCUUUAUGUCUUUCAUAUAAUGGGGGGCACAGAGUGUCUGCUCUUGGCCAUUAUGUCCUUUGACAGCUAUGUGGCCAUCUGCAGGCCUCUGCACUACACCCUUGUCAUGAAUCAGCGCCUCCGCCUCCUAAGCAUCUAUCAUGUGGGUGACUGGGGUGAUAUUUUCAUUCACAGAAACCACACUUAUGCUGCAGCUGCCAUUGUGUGGUGCAAUAAACUGGAUCACUUGUUCUGUGAGAUUUCGGUUCUGAUCAAGAUCACCUGUGGUGAAAAGGAGGCUAAUGAGCUUGCACUCUCUCUGGUAUGCAUAUUUGUAUUAGCUGUUCCUCUGUGUUUAAUUCUUAUUUCCUACACUUGUAUUGGACAUGCUAUAUUUAAAGUGAAAUCUUCUGAAGGAAGGAAAAAGGCCUUUGGGACAUGUUCCUCUCAUCUCAUUGUAGUUUCAUUAUUUUAUGGGCCUCCCAUCAGCAUGUACCUUCUGCCCCCCUCCUCCGUCUCGAGGGAACAGCCCAAGUUCAUAGCUCUCUUCUAUGUAGUGGUGACUCCUGCCCUCAACCCCUUCAUCUACACCCUGAGGAAUAAGGAUGUGAAAGGAGCAUUAAGCAGGCUGUUGAGAAGGGCUGAAAGUUCCAAGCUUUCACUUGGAACUUGA